ACCCGCUGCGCCGGGGGCCGGGCUGGGCGCCCGCUAGCACCCGCGGGCGGAGCCUCCAAUUACUCACCGCGCUAAUUGCCCGUCAUUAAAGUUCCGGAGACGGUGCGGAGCGGGGCCGGGUGGCGAGGCGGGCAGGUGGUGUCUGGGCCCGCGGCCGGGGCUGCCCGGCCCGGCCAGGGUUAAGCGCCGCCCGGCUCGCGGCCAGCUCGCCGUCCUCGAGCGGAGGCCGAAGUCGCUGCCAGGGGCCCGGGCGGCCCGCGGGGAGCCGGGCGGACCCACCCGACCCCCGCCGCGCAGAGUGGGGGGCGCCAGGCUGGCGCCGGAGCGGGGUGGGCAGAGAGAGAGAGAGAGGGAGAGAGAGGGGAAAGAGCGAGAGAGGCAGAGAGAAGCGCAGAGAGGCUGCGGGACGCCGAGAUGGCCGAUGAGAUUGACUGGCUAGACUUGCCGGGACGGUGGACCUAUGGAGUGGACCGCGGAGGGAGAGUGUUCUUCAUCAAUGAUGAGGAAAAGUCAACCAGCUGGGUGCAUCCUGGUACGAACUCUCCCAUUCAAAGUGGACACUGCUUUAGUCCAGGUUUGCCUAAGGGCUGGGAGAUGGAUUCCACCCAGGAAGGAGCUGUGUUCUUCAUCAACCACAAUGAAAGACGGAACACAUUUCGACACCCAGUGACUGGCCAGGUCCCAGAGGAGAACAAAAAGUUUGACUUGAAAACAUCGGCCUUGGACAUGUCCAAUAAAACAGGUGGGAAACGCCCUGCUACCACCAACAGCGACCUUUCCAACCACAGCAUGGUGUCCGAAGUCCCUCCCGAGCGGCCCAACAUCCGGGCCACUCGAGCAUCCCGCAAAGCCAUCGCCUUUGGCAAGCGCUCGCAUUCCAUGAAGCGGAACCCCAAUGCACCUGUCACCAAAGCAGGUUGGCUCUUCAAACAGGCCAGCUCUGGGGUGAAGCAAUGGAACAAGCGCUGGUUCGUCCUGGUGGACCGCUGCCUCUUCUACUACAAAGACGAGAAGGAAGAGAGCAUCCUGGGCAGCAUCCCUCUCCUGAGCUUCCGGGUUGCCGCCGUACAGCCCUCAGACAACAUCAGCCGGAAGCACACGUUUAAGGUGACGGUGUGCUGGGUAGACGAGGCCGGGGCCAGUUCCACGCACUGCCUCUCCCCACAGGCCGAGCGCGGUGUCCGCACCUACUUCUUCAGCGCCGAGAGCCCGGAGGAGCAGGAGGCCUGGAUCCAGGCCAUGGGGGAGGCUGCCCGGGUCCAGAUCCCCCCGGCACAGAAGUCGGCACCCCAGCCUGCGCGUCACAGCCACGAGAAGCCAGACUCCGAGAACAUCCCGCCCAGCAAACACCAUCAGCAGCCACCUCACAACAGCCUCCCCAAGCCAGAGCCAGAGGCCAAGACGCGAGGGGAGGGCGACGGCCGGGGCUGUGAGAAGUCAGAGCGGAGGCCCGAGAGGCCCGACGUCAAGAAAGAGCCUUUGGUGAAAGCCAACGGCAUCCCAGCCGGACCUGAGCCAGCCUCGGAGCCUGGCAGCCCUUACCCGGAGGGCCCCAGGAUCCCAGGAGGUGGGGAGCAGCCCCCCCAGCACAACGGCUGGCAGUACAGCUCCCCAAGCCGGCCAGGGAGCACAGCUUUCCCACCUCAGGAUGGGGAGAUUGGGGGGCAUCGACGGAGCUUCCCACCACGUACUGACCCUGACAAAAUCGCCCAGCGCAAGAGUUCCAUGAACCAGCUUCAGCAGUGGGUGAACCUGCGCCGCGGCGUGCCCCCGCCCGAAGACCUUCGGAGUCCCUCUAGGUUCUACCCUGUGUCCCGCCGGGUCCCCGAGUAUUACGGCCCCUACUCCUCCCAGUACCCUGACGAUUACCAGUACUACCCACCAGGCGUGCGGCCAGACAGCAUCUGCUCCAUGCCAGCCUAUGAUCGGAUCAGCCCCCCAUGGGCUUUGGAGGACAAGCGCCACUCCUUCCGCAACGGGGGCAGCCCCGCCUACCAGCUGCGGGACUGGAAGGAGCCCGCUGGCUACGGGCGGCAGGAUGGCACCGUCUGGAUCCCCAGUCCCUCCCGGCAGCCCGUGUAUUACGAUGAGCUAGACGCAGCCUCCAGCUCCCUACGCCGCAUGUCUCUGCAGCCCCGAUCCCACUCCGUGCCCCGCUCGCCCAGCCAGGGCACCUACGGCCGGGCCCGCAUCUACUCCCCCGUCCGCUCGCCCAGUGCCCGUUUUGAGCGGCUGCCUCCUCGGAGCGAGGACAUCUACGCUGACCCCACCACCUACGUGAUGAGGCGUUCCAUCAGCUCCCCCAAGUAUGAUUACCUGGGAGACAGGCGGCCAGUCCCCGCAGGACUGUUCCCUUACAACUACCCACCAUCCCCCACGGUCCACGAUAAGAUGAUGAGUGAGAGCGAGACUCUCAUCAGUAUGGUGAAUCGCAUGGUGGAGAACUCCUCCCCCAGGGCCCAACUCUUCAUGCAAGUCCCUCCGUACCCAGAGGUGUUCCGGGACGGCCUCCACACCUACAAGUUAAACGAGCAAGACACGGAUAAGCUGCUGGGCAAGUUGUGUGAGCAGAACAAGGUGGUGAGGGAGCAGGACCGGCUGGUGCAGCAGCUCCGGGCAGAGAAGGAGAGCCUGGAGAGCGCCUUGAUGGGGACCCACCAGGAGCUGGAGAUGUUUGGAAGCCAGCCUGCCUAUCCAGAGAAGCUGCUACACAAGAAGGAGUCGCUGCAGAACCAGCUCAUCAACAUCCGGGUGGAGCUGUCUCAGGCCACCACGGCACUGACCAAUAGCACAAUGGAGUAUGAGCACCUUGAGUCGGAGGUGUCGGCGCUGCACGAUGAGCUGUGGGAACAGCUCAAUUUGGACAUCCAGAAUGAAGUACUCAACCGGCAAAUCCAGAAGGAGAUCUGGAGGAUCCAGGAUGUGAUGGAGGGGCUCAGGAAGAACAACCCCUCCCGGGGCACCGACACGGCCAAGCACAGAGGAGGACUCAGCACCUCAGCCACCUACAGCUCCAACAGCCCCGCCAGCCCUCUCAGCUCUGCCAGCCUCACCAGCCCCCUGAGCCCUUUCUCACUGGUGUCUGGCUCUCAGGGGUCCCCCACCAAGCCGGGGUCCAACGAGGAGUCCGGCCCACCUCGGCCUCCCCUCCCCAAAGCCUACGCCCCCCUGGAGUCUCCUCCCACCGUCCCUCCACUCCCUAGCGAGAACCGCUUCUGGCCAUACCCCAACUCCCCUUCCUGGCGCCGCAGUGGCGAGACAGCCAGGGGUCAGCCUAAGACAAACUAUGAGCAAAGCAAGAAAGACUCCCAGCAGGCAUCGCCCCUGGACCCCCCAAGAGACAUCAGCCCCAUGCCCAGCCGACAAGAGAUGGAGGCAGAGAAGCAGGCUGCUCUCAACAAAGUUGGCAUUGUGCCCCCUCGGACUAAGUCACCCACCGAUGAAGAGACAGCUUCAUCAGCGGUGCUGAGAAGGCCUGCCAAUGGGCUCACCAACGGACUCUCCUCCUCCCGGCAGGAGCGCCCCAAGAGUGCUGUGUUCCCCAGUGAGGGCAAGGUCAAGAUGAGCGUGGAGGAGCAGAUCGACCGGAUGCGGCGCCACCAGAGCGGCUCCAUGAAGGAGAAGCGGAGGAGCCUGCAGCUCCCGGCCAGCCCGGCCCCGGACCACAGCACCCGGCCUGCUUACAAAGUGGUGCGCCGGCACCGCAGCAUCCAUGAGGUGGACAUCUCCAAUCUGGAGGCCGCCCUGCGGGCGGAGGAGCCUGGCGGCCAGGCCUACGAGACACCAAGGGAGGAAAUUGCCCGGCUCCGCAAGAUGGAGCUGGAGCCCCAGCACUACGACGUGGACAUCAAUAAGGAGCUUUCCACUCCAGACAAAGUCCUGAUCCCCGAACGGUACAUUGACCUGGAGCCUGACACGCCCCUGAGCCCCGAGGAGUUGAAGGAGAAGCAGAAGAAGGUGGAGAGGAUUAAGACACUUAUUGCCAAGUCCAGUAUGCAGAACGUGGUGCCCAUCGGCGAGGGGGACUCUGUGGACGUGCCCCAGGACUCAGAGAGCCAGCUGCAGGAGCAGGAGAAGCGGAUUGAAAUCUCCUGUGCCCUGGCGACCGAGGCCUCCCGCAGGGGCCGCAUGCUGUCUGUGCAAUGUGCCACCCCAAGCCCUCCCACCUCCCCUGCCUCCCCGACUCCACCAGCCAACCCCCUGUCGUCUGAAUGCCCGCGGGGCGCCGACAGCAGCCAUACCCGGCGGGUCUGAGCGCUGACUGCAAGCCCUGGCCGAGGCCAAUGCUGCGAAGCUCCAGAGAGCCACAUUCUGAGGCACCCUCUGUCCCCCCGAGGGCCUGGCUCCCCCCGGCCCCCGGCCCCCUGCUGCCCCUGCACAUUCUUCAGGGAGCCGGGC